CUUCUGAAACAGAGUUAAUUUCUGGUGGAUCCGAUAAACAAGUCAUUCUUUGGGAACUGAAUGGAACUGGAACGUGGAACAAUCAGCUUGUGGGAAGCAUUCCUCUCAAAGGCCAUGAUGAUGCUGUUUGUGCUGUGGAUGCUGUCUACCAGUCAGAUGAACCUGAUUUAAAUCUGCUAAUAGCUUCUGCAGCUUCUGACUCCACUGUGAGAAUCUGGUCUCGGCAUGGCUCAGAAGCUAAAUGCGUUGAAAUUCUGCAGUUUGGAAAUGGAUUUGUUAUGGAUGUCUGCUUAUCCUUCUUGCCUGGCAGCAAUGUACCAGUACUGGCUUGUGGUGGUGAUGACUGCAAAAUACAUUUAUUUGUACAGCAGAAUGGCCAGUUUCAGAAAACAUUGUUACUCCCUGGUCAUGAAGAUUGGAUAAGAGGCGUUGAAUGGGCAGUCUGUGGUGAAAACCUUUUCUUAGCAAGCUGUGCUCAGGAUUGUUUGAUAAGAAUCUGGAAAGUAUGUACAAAAUCAAAGCAAAUGCCAGACACUGAAGAUGAUUCUAUAAGACUGAAAGAGAAUGUUUUCACUCUCAAAGAUACUGACACAACAUAUGCGAUUACUUUGGAAUCUGUGUUGGCUGGUCAUGAAAACUGGGUGUAUGCAGUUCACUGGCAACCUUCAUUUUCCAAAGAUGGCAGCAUGCAACAACCAAUGAGGAUAUUGUCUGCAUCAAUGGACAAAACUGUGAUCAUCUGGGAACCUGAUAAGGAGUCUGGAGUCUGGCUAGAACAGGUGCGGGUAGGUGAAGUGGGUGGCAACACCCUUGGAUUUUUUGACUGCCAGUUUAGUCCAGAUGGUUCAAUGAUCAUUGCUCAUGCUUUUCAUGGAGCACUACACCUUUGGAAACAGGAUGAAGUUAAUAAGAAAGAGUGGACUCCAGAAGUUGUGAUUUCAGGACAUUUUAACAGUGUUGAAGAUGUAAAGUGGGACCCAGAAGGAGAGUUUAUCAUCAGUGUUGGUGCUGAUCAAACUACUAGACUCUUCGCUCCAUGGAAAAGAAAACAAGAGACAGAGGUGAGCUGGCACGAGCUUGCCAGGCCUCAGGUGCACGGGUACGACAUGCGCUGCCUGGCCACGCUCGGCCGCUUCCAGUUCGUGUCGGGAGCAGAUGAGAAGGUGCUCCGAGUUUUCCGGGCUCCCAGGAACUUCAUAGAAAAUUUCAGUAACAUCACUGGUGUUCCAAUGGAGAAGCUGUGCUCCCACCAAUCAUCUGAUCUUCCAGAAGGUGCAACUGUGCCAGCUUUGGGAUUAUCCAAUAAAGCUGUUUUUGAAGGAGAUAUGGCUGUUCAAACAGCUGAGGAUGAAGAAACAUUUAAUACCAUUUCAAAUCAGUAUCCCGAGAUUUAUUUUCAACCCUUGAUCCUUACAGAACCUCCCACAGAGGAUCACUUGCUGCAGAACACCUUGUGGCCUGAAAUUCAGAAGUUAUAUGGACAUGGGUAUGAAAUCUUCUGUGUUGCUUGCAAUAAUUCAAACACUAUAAUUGCCUCAGCAUGUAAGGCUUCCAAAAAAGAACAUGCAGCAAUUAUUUUGUGGAGCACGGCUUCUUGGAAGAAACUGCAGAGUUUGUCAUUUCACAAUCUGACUGUUACUCAGCUGGCAUUUUCUCCUAAUGACAGAUUUCUGUUAGCAGUUUCUAGAGACAGGAAUUGGUCACUGUGGAGGAAACAGGGCUCAUCAGAGUCAGGACCAGUUUUCAGUUGCUGUGCAUACACAGACAAAAAUACAGCUGUUCACAGUCGAAUUAUUUGGUCUUGUGAUUGGACACCAGACAGCAAGUAUUUUAUUACUGGCAGUCGGGACAAAAAGGUCAUUAUCUGGGGCCAGUGUGAUUUAUCUGUCUCUACUGAAGGGAAAAUGUUGGAUUCAGUCAAGCCUUGUUCAACAGUACUGGAUGCUGGGGAUUCUGUAACUGCUGUUAGUAUUAGCCGUGUGCUUACUCCUGAUGGAAGAUAUAUUGUUGCAGUGGGCUUAGAGAAUGGGAAGAUUCUCUUGCACACAUGGAAUCAGAGUGGGCAAGAACCAUCACUAGCUGAUUGGACCACUUGUGUUGAGAUGCAUAACAGCCACAGUCACGCCCUGGCUGUGAGGCGUUUGUGCUGGAGGCACCGUGCGGGCAGAGCCGGACACGGCGACCACCACGGCAGCGAGUGGCUGCAGCUGGCCAGCUGUGGAGCUGAUCACUGUGUCAAGAUAUUCAAUGUCAACAGAUUCGCUCUUUAGCAGAGACAGCAG